AGAAAAUAAGUGGAAUUUUAAUCAAAGACAAGGUUUUUAAGCAGAUCGACAUGGCUGACGGAUCUGACGUCUUGGCAAAUGCCGAGCAGUGGAUCAAGUGGGACAAAAAUGAAAAGACGAGAGGUGUGAUUGAGUCACUGUUGAAAGAAGGAAAGCUGGACGAACUUUCGAAGCUGUUGGGAACUCGACAGACUUUUGGUACUGCGGGAAUCCGAGGACGAAUGGAAGCUGGUUCUUCCGGGCUCAACGACUUGGUCAUAAUCCAAACCACGCAAGGAUUGUACAAGUACCUUCGCGAUACGUUUCCGGAUUUGGAUUCGCGAGGAAUUAUCGUUGGCUUUGAUGCACGGUAUCAUAGUGCCCACUGGGCAAGAAUCGUUGCAGCAAUUUUCGUGAGGCAGGGAGUGAAGGUGUAUCUCUUUCCUGACAUUUGUCCGACGCCUUUCGUUGCGUACGGAGUGAAGCAUUUCGGGACCUGUUGUGGUGUCAUGGUAACAGCGUCACACAAUCCGAAGGAUGACAACGGAUAUAAGGUGUACUGGGAAAACUCUGCGCAGAUUUUGCCACCACACGACAAGAAUAUCCAGCAGAGUAUUCUGGAAUGUUUGGAACCUUUGGAGUCGUCCUGGGAUCUGUCCAUUCUUGAGCAAACGAACCCUCUCCUUUUGUCACCUCUACCUUCGUUGGAGGAAACGUAUUUCUCCCGUCUGAAGGAAUCCAUGAUCGAUUUGUCGAAGAAUUCAGAUUCCGCCCUGAAGUUCACAUUCACCCCGAUUCAUGGCGUUUCGCAGCUCACCAUGGUCAGAGCAUUUGAGACCUGUGGCUUCAAACCAUUCGUUGAGGUUCCUGAGCAGAAAGACCCGAAUCCGGAUUUCCCCACAGCUCCGUUCCCGAACCCGGAAGAAGGGAAGACAGCCUUGGCUUGUGCAUUCAAGAGCGCAGAUGCAGCCGGAAGCACUGUAAUCCUGGCUAAUGAUCCGGAUGCCGAUCGAAUGGCUGUUGCUGAAAAAACGAAAGAUGGGUCGUGGCGAAUUUUCAAUGGCAACGAAAUUGGAGCUUUGCUUGGCCACUGGUUGUGGCAGUGUUAUAAAAAGAGGCAUGCCGAAGUUAAUCCAGCUGACGUUUACAUGAUUGCAUCUGCCGUGUCAUCUAAGUUUCUGGACGUGGUUGCUCGCCGAGAAGGUUUCAAUUUCAUGGAAACGCUCACGGGAUUCAAAUGGAUGGGAAACAAAGCUGAGGAGCUCAUAACAGCUGGGAAAGUCGUGCUUUUUGCGUACGAAGAAGCGAUUGGGUUCAUGUCAGCGGUGCCGCCGCUGGACAAGGACGGAAUCACGGCAUGUAUGAAAAUGGCGGAACUGGCUGUGAUGGCGGAUCUGUUGGAGGGCAAAACCCUGGCCCAGAAACUCGAAGACUUGUACAUCGAAUACGGCUAUCACAAGAAUGUGAAUUCCUACUACCUCUGCUACGAGCCGACGGUUACGAAAAGGAUAUUUGAACGUAUUCGACACUUCGGUGGAGGAGACGACUUUUCCUAUCCGGAAAAGUUGGGGGAAGUUGAGGUGAAACGCGUGAGAGAUCUAACGGUGGGUGUGGAUACCUCAACAGAGGACAGAAAGCCACUCCUGCCAACUUCCAAGUCCACUGAGAUGAUCACGUUCUAUUUGGCAAACGAGUGCGAACCACUCCUGCCAACUUCCAAGUCCACUGAGAUGAUCACGUUCUAUUUGGCAAACGAGUGCGAAGUGACUUUGAGGACUUCCGGGACUGAGCCGAAGAUCAAGUACUACACGGAAAUGCGGGCUCCUCCUGGACAUUUGGAUUGGAAAGCCAUUGAUGAAGCUUUGGCAACUGUCGAAGCAGCGAUUGUGAAGGAUCUGCUGCAGCCAGAACUGAAUGGUCUCAAGCCGCAUAUUUCCUGA